AUGGCACCUAUUCCAAAGACUCAAGGGACUAUUCACGAUGACUCGACUUCAAUUGGGAGACGUUUUGUUGACCUCGCCAAGUUCCUCUCAUCAUUGAAAGGCGAUCUAGACCUCGCGAAUGUUACUGCUCCCCCAUUCUUCCUCGCUCCAUCAUCAGUCGUCGAAAAUCCUGGAAGCUGGGCACAGCGACCAUGCCUCUUUACAGCUCCAACGAAAGAACUCGACCCAGCAAAGCGGAGUCUCUCAGUCCUUCAAUUGUUCCUCGCCGGUCUUCGGAGUCAACUCUAUGUCGCUGGUGCACCCAACGUCAGCAUCAAGAAGCCUCUCAACGCAUUUCUUGGCGAGAUAUUCCUGGCGUCCUGGAGUGAGAAUGACAGCGAUACGAGAUUAGUCGUCGAACAAGUCAGCCAUCAUCCACCGAUUACCGCCAUGCAUAUCGCCAGUGAGAAACAUGGCAUCCGAGCAGAUGGGUAUGGACGAGUCGAGAUGACAUUUAACGGGAACAUCAACAUCAAACAAAUGGGCCAUGCGGUGAUACAUCUUGACAGAUUCGACGAGGAUUAUCUGGUCCCACUCACCGAUGUCACUGUCCGUGGAUUCAUGUCCGCUUGUCUUUAUCCCGAGAUUACCGGCACAUACACCAUCAAUUCGAGCUCUGGGUAUGUUUCUGAGAUUGACUUCUCGGGAGCCGGGUUCUUCCGAGGGAAGAAAAACUCUUUUGAGGCGAAAGUCUAUCACCAAGACCAGCCCAAGAAGAUCUGCUACAGGAUUUCUGGAGUCUGGAGCGAGGGCUGGAAGAUCACCGAUGGGAACGGCAAGCUGGUGGGAACACACAGUGUCGAGCCAGAGACCUCGUCAAUGGACAUCAGAUCGCUGGAGGAGCAGGACCCACGAGAGUCAAGACGAGCAUGGGAAGAUGUCAUAGCGUCUCUUGAACAAGGAAACUAUCGCGACGCAUCGGCAGCUAAACACAAGGUCGAAGAAGCACAAAGACAAAAGAGAAAAGAGGAGAAGGCGUCAGGAAAGACAUGGCAGCCCGCUUUGUUCAGGAAUAGUCCUGGAAAUGAGCAUGAAGUAUUCCAUCGGUUGGCCAAGGGGACCAAGUGGCAACUUUAUGACCAAGAGACUAGAGGAGUUUGGACAAUUGACGAGGAGAGUUUGCGUCAGAUGGAAUAG